UGUGUUGUGGAGAGCCGGGAGUUGGGAAGCGUAGAGUGUGGUUCCUAGGGCUCAUGGACAGGUUGGUCCCGAUCCGCAAACAAAACUGCUGUGACUUUGAGGACCGUUGAGGGCGCAGCUGCAUCUUGCCCUACCCAAGUUGUGCCCCAUGGAGUCCGCGUUCAGCAGCCCUGCGGAGGCCGCCCUGCAGCGGGAGGUGGGCGUCCCGGGACUGUUGACUCCUCCCGAAGACCUCGACCGAGUGUACGAGCUGGAGCGAGUCACGAAAUUUGUCUGCGACUUAGGGUGUCAGCGGGUGGCCUUGCAGUUCCCUGACCAGUUACUGGGAGAUGCCGGGGCUGUCGCCUUCCGGCUGGAGGAAGUCACAGGAUCUAAGAUGUUCAUUUUAGGGGACACGGCUUAUGGCAGCUGCUGUGUGGAUGUGCUGGGUGCCGAGCAGGCUGGAGCUCAAGCCCUUGUACACUUUGGUCCUGCCUGCUUAAGCCCUCCAGCCCGCCUGCUGCCCGUCAUCUUUGUCCUUGGUCAGCAUUCUGUUGCCUUAGAGCUCUGUGCAAAGGCCUUUGAAGCUGAGAACCCAGAUCCCACAGCACCGGUAGCACUGCUGAGUGAGCCAGCUUGUGCGCACGCCCUAGAGGCUUUGGCCACUCUCCUGCGCCCAAAGUACCAAGAUCUGCUCAUCUCCAGCCCAGCUCUUCCCCUGCCAGCUGGGUCCCCAAACGCACAGCCUGAGUCCCUGGAGCGUUUUGGACGCCGCUUCCCCCUGAACCCAGGGAGACGUCUGGAAGAAUAUGGUGCCUUCUAUGUGGGAGGUUCUCAGGCAAGCUCUGACCCCAGCCCUGAUCCUGAUCUGAGCAGACUGCUUUUGGGGUGGACACCAGGACGGCCCUUCUUUUCCUGCUGCCCAGACACAGGACAGACACAAGACCAGAGUGCCCAGGCUGGGCGCCUAAGAGCACGGAGACUGUAUCUUGUGGAGAGGGCCAGAGAUGCCCGUGUGGUGGGGCUGCUGGCGGGCACAUUAGGGGUGGCCAGGCACUGUGAGGCGCUGGCACACUUGCGGAAACUGACUAAAGCUGCUGGAAAACGUAGCUACGUGUUGGCCCUGGGGAGGCCCACGCCCGCCAAGCUUGCCAACUUCCCGGAGAUGGACGUCUUCGUGCUGUUGUCCUGUCCGCUGGGGGCUUUAGCCCCACAGCCUCCAGGUGGCUUCUUUCGGCCUGUAUUGACACCGUGUGAACUGGAGGCUGCCUGUAAUCCUGCCUGGCCGCCUGCAGGCCUGGCUCCCCACCUCACACACUAUGCAGAGCUGUUACCUGGUUCUCCCUUCCAUGUGCCACUCCCACCACCUGAGUCAGAGUUGUGGGACACCCCAGAUGUGUCACUCAUUUCUGGGGAGCUCCGACCACCGCCUUCAUGGAAGUCAUCAGAUGACACUGGGUGUGCCGCCUUGACUCCGAGGCCCCAGCUGGAGCUGGCCGAGAGCAGCCCCGCAGCCUCGUUCCUUAGUGCUCGGAGCUGGCAGGGGCUGGAGCCCCGCUUGGGCCAGACACCAGUGAAAGAAGCUGUCAGCGGAAGACGGGGUAUCGCCAUUGCCUAUGAGGAUGAGGGAAGCAGAUAAUACUUGAUAAGUGUGCUGGGCCCUGUGCUCCAUGAACCGGCUUCUCAUCCUCUUGAGGUGGUACUUGAGCCUGGACAGAGGGAGUGCAGGUGGCUCUGACCUGCGGAGCUGCCGAGCUUGUUCAUUAGUGCAAUAAAUGCCUGUUUGGUGGGGAGUUCCGGGGCUUUCCUGGGCCCGUCUGUCUGCAGUCUGGAACCGAGGCUGAUCCCAGUGCCUGGUGUGCAUGUGCAGUUCUGCCCUUGUUCGGGGGCAGGGGCUGGGUGAUCAGACCAGGGCUCUUCCACCUCAGCACUGUUGACAUUUGGGCAGAGUAAUUCUUUACUGCAGAGGCUAUCCUGUAUAUGGUCGGAUGUUUAGCUUCAGCUGACUGAACCCACCCCCAGAUUAUCUUCAGAUGUUGGCAGAUGUCACGUAACUGCUAAGUGAGAGCCAUUGGUCUCGACCUGCACUGUCCAAGACAGUGUUCAUUAGACACAUGGCUUUUGCAAUUUAAAGUUGAUGACAUUUCAGGCACUCACAUGGCUACAUGUGGGACUUGAGAGGACAAUUCCAUCAUGGCACAAAGUUCUGUUGGAUAGUGCUGGGCUACACUGACUCAGACUUGUUUCUUGGAGACACCAAAGAAACUGAAAUAAAUGGAAUACUUUUUGUUUAUUCACCAAAUAAACCUUGGUUCUAUACA